AUGACUUCUGUAAAACAAUGUGAAAUUGAGGAAUGCAAACGAAGAGCAGGCGCACUAUGCCAUCAUUGUAACAAGGAUGUUUGUAAAAUACAUUUUAAUGAACAUGCCAACUCACUAAGCGAUGAACUUCAUCCACUUACUGAUCAGAUCAAUGAACUCGCUACCAAACUCAGUGGUUUAAGUUCAUCGCACGUAGCAGGACAAUCUUAUACCUUAUUGGACGAAUGGAGAAAUAGCAGUUAUGAAUUAAUUGAGCAACUGUAUCAAAUUAAAAAGCAUGAAAUAGACGUAUUAGUGAAAGAUAACUUUAUUGAAAUCAAGAAUGAGAAAUUGGAAAUGGUCAGAAGUCUCGAAGAAAAGAUCAAGAAAUGCAUUCGUGAUGAGGAUGUCACACAUGAUGUAAUUGCAGAAAUCAAAGAAACAAUUAGAAAUCUUGAUAAACAAAUUACUGAAUUAAAACAGAAUUUUAUCCAUGUACAAACAUCACCGUUCCAUACUGACGAAAACUGCUCCCCGUAUCAGACUCGAUCGAAGUCACACCCAAAAUUGACGAUCACAUUCCCCGAUUCAUCUGACGAUGAUGAAAUGAGUAUUGACAAGAGAAAACGUUGGUCCUUUUCAUUUUCAGAAAAAUCCGAUAUAAGUAACUAUCGACGCAGAUAUCCAGAUGCAGAAGAUGAUAAAAGACUCAACGACAAUUAUCGCUUUUAUACAAAUCAAAUUCGAUCAUAUCCCGAUGGUGAUUAUAUCGAUAAAAUACAUGAUGCAUGGUAUGGACAAUUCGAAGCUUUAGAACGACAUCACGGAUAUAUUCAGUGGUUAUUUCCAAUACAAGAGCAAAGCUUAAACUGGUCAGCUCAGCCAUUACAAAAACAUGAAAUUGAGCUCAUACUCAACGAUAAAAUGGCUCACAAACGUUUAUUACUAUCAUAUAAACUAAUGUUAAAUUUUUAUGGUUUCGAACUGGUGAAUGAAGAAACGGGUGAAAUUAAACGCAAUGAGGAUUAUC